GAAGCUGACAGGCAGAUCCUCACUCGUCUGCGCUGCGCCCUGUGAGCAGUGAACUGCCGAGUGGCGACUGUAACCAACCACUUUGAUCAAAAUGAGCGACAAAGGUCUGUCAGACGAGGCAGCAGUGGCGGCGUGCCAAGAGGGACACGCAAUAACAAAGGAUUUCAUGAUGCAGCAGACGAUGCUCCGUGUUAAAGAUCCAGUGAAAUCUUUGGAUUUCUACACCAGAAUCCUUGGCAUGACGCUCCUGCAAAAGUUUGACUUCCCCUCCAUGCGUUUCUCUCUGUUCUUUUUGGGCUAUGAAGACCCAAAGGAGAUUCCUACUGAUGUGAAAGACAGAACAUGCUGGACAUUUUCCAGAAGAGCUACCAUUGAGCUCACACAUAAUUGGGGAUCUGAGACCGAUGAGACUGCAACCUAUCACAAUGGAAAUUCUGACCCACGAGGCUUUGGUCACAUAGGAAUUGCUGUUCCAGAUGUAGAUGCCGCUUGUAAAUUGUUUGAAGAACAAGAAGUGAAAUUUGUUAAGAAGCCAAAUGAAGGUAAAAUGUGUGGUCUGGCUUUCAUUCAGGAUCCUGAUGGUUACUGGAUUGAAAUACUUAGUCCCAACAAUAUGGCAAAAAUUGUUCAACAAGGUGAGCAGAAGACAGGCUAAACCGGAUGAUAAUAUUUUGUAAGAUGGACUGAUGAGAUGAAAGAAAAUUGAACAGCAUUAAGGUGACUUACAAUACAAGAAAGAAGUGGGUAAUUUCUUUUAAUAGAUUCUGUUGUGGAGUUGUGCCAUUUACUACAAGUUGUUUUUUUGUCAAAUUGUGUAAUAAAAACAGAAGGCACCACCCCAGCUACAAUAUGUUGUG